AUGGCGUCAUGGAGCGGCAAAUACGGACAGGGCUCUCGUGGUUCACAUUACUCGGCCUCGCCUACCACAGCGGAGUGGAAGCGGGACCCGUCGGGCGCUCGGCACUACGCGGGCCACCGCGCCCUCCCGAGCACGACCCCCCGGGCGCGGGCGCGCAAGGGGUGCCAGAGCAGCAAUCACACCAAGAACGCGCGCAGCACUUGCAGCAUGCGCAGGUCGUGGGCGGAGGCUGCGAAGUCGGCGACCCAACCAUCAUCACCCCCACCUGCACCCAAGCCGCCCGCCAACAACGUGCCCCAGAAGUUCCAGGCGGUUGCGGCGAAGCUGUCACAGGCAGCCGGCGCGUCAGCAGCCCCGAGCUGCGAGAGGCUCCCGCAGACGCCCCCGCCUGCCUCGGCGUCGCCUGGUGGCACUGGGGCUGCAUCCGAACCAAGCCCGGCGAAGCGGUCUCAGCUGGUCGAUGCGGCGAAGACGCUCGAGGCCGCGCUGGCGGCCGCGCCGGAAGGGCCUGGGCUCGAGGAAGCACGACAGCAACUUCAAGCUCAGCUCGACGCGAUACGCAAGGAGCUCGGCGACACGCGGCCACUCGGCAAGCGCCUCGACGGGGCCAAGGCGGCCCUCGAGCGCGCCAAGACCCGGCAGGCGGCUGCGGAGGAGAGCCCCCAGCUCGCGCAGCAGGCCGCGCGAGCAGCGACGACCGAAGUUGCGACGCUUCAGCAGACAUCGCACAAGCUGGAGAUGCAGAUCCCGGGGCACACCGAUCCCCCCAGGACCUCCCUGGAGGAGCUUGGCGCGCAACCGCGCGCGGCGGUCGAGCAGCUCGCGGCGCUCGGCUCAAUCUCUCCGGCGGCGGUGGAAGAGGCCAAGACGCAGUCCGAUGCCGUCUCGGCGAGGUUCCAGCCCACCCUGGAGCAUGCGGAAAACGUCGACGCCCCCAUGCGGAUGAACGGCACGCAGGCCCCUGCCAGAGCGAGGGCCCGCUUGAAUGGCGAGCGGCGGCCGAAGCGCGUGAUCACCACCUUCGAGACGAGGGCCCAGAAGAGGAGGCAGCUGGCCCCCUGCGAUUUUUCUCGGAACACCGCGGAGACGCAGCACUGA